AUGGGUGUGAAUGUCCCCGGACUGAUAGUGAUGCUGCUCUUCUACUUGCUGGUGUUGGGCACUGGCAUCUGGGCCUCCAGGAAGUCCAAGAGGGCAACAGAGAAGAGAAGUGCAAACUGGACAGAUGACGCUCUGCUGGGGAACAGAGGAAUAUCCUUGGCAGUUGGCGUCUUCACCACAACAGCUACCUAUAUUGGAGGAGGCUUCAUUGUUGGAAUCUCAGAGCUGGUGUACACCCCAACCAGGGGACUGGUGUGGACCGUCAUGCCAGUCGCAGCCAUAAUCGCAUUCAUUGUGGGUGGAAUUUUCUAUGCAAAGAAAAUGCGACAAGGAAAAUACGUGACAAUGAUGGACCCCAUCCAGAGCCAGUUUGGAAAGGCUGUCAGUGUGGUUUUGUCAGUGGCUCUCUUGGUGUCCGACGUAUUCUGGGUGACCGCCACCCUAAUCGGCUUAGGCAGCACUAUGUCCAUCAUCCUGGACCUGUCCUACAACUUGUGUAUUUGGAUCUCAGCUGCGGUGGCUGUCACCUACACACUCUUCGGAGGACUGUACUCUGUAGCCUACACUGACAUCGUACAGCUGAUCCUCACAUUCGUCAGUUUGUGGCUCUGUGUUCCUUUCGUGCUGAUGUCGGAACACUCACUCGACAUCACACAAAGUGCUUUGAACUUCACGUAUCAAGAUCCGUGGGUCGGUUCGGUCGACACAGACCGAGUGUGGACGUGGCUGGAUGAGCUGCUAGUGCUGACUUUUUGCAUUCUGGGAAGUCAGGAGUUUCACCAGAGGAUGUUGUCAGCAUCCUCACCCACCACAGCCAGACUGAGCUGCUUCAUCGCAGCCCCCCUCAUGAUAAUAUUUGCGAUUCCUUCUGUGUUGAUCGGGGCUGUCGCAGUAUCCACAGAUUGGAACCAGACUUCGUACGGCUCUCCAUCCCCGUACGAGAGAGACGAGGCCAGCUAUAUUCUCCCCCUGGUCUUGCAACACCUCACUCCAAGCUAUGUGUCAGUUAUUGGCAUUGGAGCUGUUGGUGCUGCUGUGAUGUCAUCGACAGACUCAGGUCUUUUGUCGGCAGCUUCCAUCUUCUCCUCCAACCUGUAUAAGAACAUGCUGAGGAGCAAUGCAUCAGAGAGGGAAAUGCAGUGGGUGGUCCGAAUCACAGUCGUGUUGGUGGGCGUCGUUGGAACGUCCUUAACUUUACUGAACAACAGCAUCAUGGUUUUCUGGCUUGUGGGAGCUGACAUUACUUAUAUCUUCACGUUCCCUGCUCUCACUUGUGCCCUGUUCUGUGAGUUCUCCAACGGCUAUGGCGCCAUCAUGGGAGUCUUCAUCGCACUGCUAUUGAGAGUGCUGAGUGGAGAACCAGAGUUUGGCUUGCCAGCAGUCCUCCAUUAUCCAGGAGGCACAGUCAAGGACGGCAUGUACAUCCAGCGCGCCCCUGUCAGCACCAUCUGUAUGCUGAGCAACCUGCUCGCCACCAUCUUCUUCUCUUACUUGACUUCGCUGCUGUUCAACAGAGGAAUUCUGCCCCAAAGUUGGGACAUUCUUGGUGUGAAACGUCGCCAGACUUCACAGGAACUAACAUCCACCAACAACUGCAAAACAAACGAUGUGAACACCGAGGAGAUCCGUGAGACAGAAACUGAUCACAUGAUCGAAACAUCUCCGCUGGAGACAUCGUCUCUUUGAAUGCGUUACAAUAGCUCACCACUGAUCACAGCGGCCUUUGCACAAAUUAAAUGCCAUGUAUUAUAUUUAUGACAAAAAUGAAAUUAAAUUUAAAAAAAAAAGUUUCUGAAAUGUGAUUUAAAAAAUAGAUAGAAGAUAGAUAGAUAGAUAGAUAGAAGACGUAGUAGUAUAGUAUACUAGUAUAUAGUUUUGAGUAGAGUUUGUCCUCAUCCCUGAAGUUUCCGGGACAAUGUCACAGACUUAAACCUUUUGGAUUGUAAACAGGCGUCAAAAGGAUGGAAGGGUGUUCACAUUUGUUAUUGUUUAUUGAAUGAACAAAAAGCUGAAAUUUUAAAAUAACUAAAUGUAACGCCAGUCAGUCUGUAUCUGCACUGGAACGACACGACAACAAGUUGUGACUUCAGACAAAGAGGUUGAUGAAACUGUUCAAAUAAUUCGCUUGACAAAGGUAAUUCAUUCAUUCAAUAGUUUCCUGUGAACUUUAGUGGCGCUGUUGUAGAAUAAUGUGAUGUGUCAUUCGGGUCAGGUGCAGCGGUUAGUUAAAUCAUUGUACCAAUCAGUACCAAUGGAAUGUUGAAGAGAUAUCCACCCGCCCUGUAUUCCAAGUACACCAGAGAUGGCAACCUUGGGGUGAAGACAGGGAUGCCUGUUUUGUCUGGAGCUCCCAGAAGGCCUUGUCUCAGUGACUCAGCCUGGAGGCCAAAUAUGCACAUGCACGUGUGUGUGACGAAGUGUAUCUGGUACGAGGGACGCCCUUGAUCCAGCCUCUACUGAAUUUAGUGUGUUUGUACUUUGAUCAAUUUGAUGCUGAGCGAUGCUAAGUGAUUCUGAGCGAUGAGAUCAUGUUAUGCUGAUGUGGAAUAAACCAAAGCUUGUAUCCCACUGCUUCUGUGGUUCCUUCUGCCCCUGACCAGCUGGCCGGACUACAGCACAUAAUGUAGUUAUAUAGUAAGCUUUAUAACACCCACAUCACAAAUGCAGGCCUCUGAGAUAAUGCCCGCUAUAAUUGUCACCACAUUGUCGGUGAGAAUUAAAAAAUGUUGAGAAGAAAAAUACUUUUUCAAAUUUGAGAUGAAGUCAGUUGGUGAGAGGAAAUCAUGGAAAGCACUUAUAUAUAUAUUACAUUUUACAUAUAUAUAUAUAUAUAUAUGUAAAGGUUUGAAUCUUGUAGUUGAACAUGAAAGCAUGGGGUCAGGUUACUGAGUGAACGGGACACACCCCUUGUCUU